CUUUCACCGGCGAGUAGUCUUCGGGAGUAGUUGUGUACAGCUGCAACAAAGGCCACCCCGGUAGACGACGGCCGGCUAGUCCUCGUUGACACGACGCACGCUCAAGAGCUUCGACCUUAACACGGGAAAGAUUCCAUCUAGCCAUCUGGCGCCUACGAAAGUGAAUGAGCGAGGACGAAGUCGGACGUCCUGUCGAGAAAUCGGAGGAUACGCUUCCUCUCAUAAACGAUUUCACUUUUCCUGAGCUAAGUAGGUGAUCGCGGUGAAAGAGGAUCAAGGAAUCGUUAAAGAAACUCGGAUCUUAGACGGCAUAGUCUGGUGUUGGUAAACAAUAAAAAGGUAUUACUCUUGACAAUUAUUAUUGGUGAUGUACACACAUUUUGGAAAAUUUCUAUGAGAGAACAUUCGUCUUUUAUCGUUGUCUAAAUGAUCGUUAAAAGAGACAGAUCUGUGUCGACAGAAGAUGUUGAAGAAAGUGCCAUGAUUCGUACCAUGAUUUGUGAAGAGGUGACAUGUGACUAUGAAAACUCAUAAUAAAAUUUAACCUCGCAUAUCGAAUAAGUUUCGUUCAAUUUUGCAAGAGAGAGAUUGAACACUGGGAUGAAUCUAAAAUCAAAUUUAAUCUCGUGGUUGUUCAAGCCGAUGACAUGUUCUCGUUAAUUGAUUGACAUAGGCCAAACGUCAACUUCGGCAACUACCGUAGUACCGAAGAUUUUAAUCUGUAGGGUUGAAAUCGGAUAUACGAAGGUACUCAAAGUUUUAUAAACAUUGCUCUGGAAUCUGGAAUUGACUGAAUGAAAUUUCUCAAGCAGUGCGUGAAGUUGUCCGAAAUGCACUUCACGGUGAAAGACACGUGUGCCAAAGAGUUUUGCCGUGCGAUCGUCGAGCUUUAGUGCAUCCGCAGAGUCACUCGCGAAAUCUUCGUCCCAGCGAGGGUGGUGAUCCGACUCAGAGCAAUCUCCGGGAAGAGUCCACCGUGCGAGUUUCUGACAAUGGAUUCCCAGCAGCUCGUCGACACAGCCUCGCAGAACAGUCAAGACAUCGUUUUACCGAAACCGGCCAGUAGUACGCCACGACACAGCAUCGACGCGAUCCUAGGAUUGGCCAGCCAUAAAAGGACUCAUCAGGAAAUGGAGGACACCAGUCGCGACACGCAGGAAAAUACCGGUGAGAACAGCUGCAACUCCACCGGUGGCGGCAGCGACGAGGAGCUCGGCGCGGGCUGCGGGGAGGACAUAAACGGCAACGGGGGCAAGAAGAAGCACCGUCGCAACCGGACAACCUUCACGACCUACCAGCUGCACGAGCUCGAGAGAGCGUUCGAGAAGUCCCACUACCCGGACGUCUACUCCAGGGAGGAGCUCGCCAUGAAGGUCAACCUCCCGGAAGUUCGUGUUCAGGUGUGGUUUCAGAACAGGCGAGCCAAGUGGCGUAGGCAGGAGAAAAUGGAAGCUGCGAGACUAGGCUUGAGCGAGUAUCAUCACGCUGCUAAUAUGAGGAACGUUGCCGGUCCGGCACUAGGUCUGCCAGGGGAUCCUUGGCUCGCGCCGCCAGGAUUGCUCAGCGCGCUUCCUGGUUUCCUCGCUGCGCCUCACACAGGAUAUCCUAGUUAUCUGACGUCUCCUAGGCGAUUACCAUCACCGCCAAAUGUCGGCGCCAAUCCAGAAAUUGCACUGUUCGCAGGAUCGCUAGCCAGCAGUAUGGCAAGCAUAAGUGCCGGCGGUCACGUGCAACCACCGCCGCCAAGUCCGCCGGGACAUGAUCCUCGCACCUCGAGCAUUCAAGCGCUCAGGAUGCGGGCCAAGGAGCACGUCGAGAGCAUCACUAAAGGUCUGCAGAUGGUCUGAAGGUUAACUGAUGAUACGCCAAGGGCGCGCAUCGCUGCCAGCCGCGCCAACCUCGCACUUGUGUCGGCGUGACGAGCAGGCGAGCAACCCUUCGCCCAAAGACACUCCGGAUCGCAAGAAGUCGCCGCCUGAGCAGCGCGAACGGUACAUCGACCGACGAGAGCGAGAGAGUUCGUUUCGUGAUAGAGGGGAAAGAUCACCGACGGUGCUGGACGUGUGUUGACGAAAGUACAAGAAGCUAGGCAAGCGAAAAAAAAAUCCGUUCGAGCGAUCGUCCGUUUAUGUGUGAUGGGAAGUGAACCUGAUUGUAAAGGGAUCUUGUUCUUGGUAUCAACAGUUACCAAUGGACGAUCUAAUGUAUUAUACAUUGGUGUCGUGUUAAAUCAAAGAGAUUAAUAUUGCAACAGUCAACGGAUCGGUGGGUAUAUUUUCGAUGAUUAUAGAGACUAUCAAUGUGAUAAUUGGCAGGUAUCUAUGAUCAAUGAGCAUGUGUUCAUGAUUGAGAAUGGGCUAACUAUUGAGGUCAAUCCUAUGAAAACGGUGUCAAUCUCGGAAAUAGAGUUUUUAUCUGAAACACAGCACGGAAAGCAUAAAAUAUGCCUAGAAAACGUCUAUAAAAUUAAGGCGUUUCUUAGACAUUUGUGUUAUUUGUGACGCUUUCGAUAAUAAUAACCACGACAGCAACCAAAUAGCCAACUGACGGAUAAAAACUCGCGUUUUUAAUCUGAUGAUAAAUUUUCGAGCGGAUUGCUCUCGUGUGAAAAAUUUGCUCGGGACUCGCUCCAAGUCGGCAUUGUGCAAUAGACAAAAGGAAUUGUGUUGCGCAAACUUGUUGCAUAGCUGAAGUGAAGGCAAAGAAGAUCAACUUGAUCAACUCGCCAUUAUUAUUCACGACAUUUAUCGCAAACACUUGUGUGUCGAGUCUCACACUAAAUUAUUUUUUAAACCGUGAAUAGAAAAUGACGUAUAUACAUUGCCAUAAAAGUAACGCAAGUAAUUUUUAAAUACCGCAAAGAUUUGGCUCGAAGUCGAUAAUUAUGUAUACAUAGCCAUGACUCUAUAGUUAAAAAAAAGAUCGAGGUGUACAUUAUUUAAUUUUAUAAAGCAAUAUAACGCAGGUGCAAAUGUACUGGUGACAACCGUCAUGAAACGGUAAAUGUGUAACAAAUUUUUUAAUUUAUUUCUAAAUAAGUUAUUAACUUUUCAUUAAUUUACUAAUAUGUGAUUAAAUUUGUAAAACUGCAAGGUGUCAAUUUCGAGAAGCAGUAUAUACCGCGUGAAAUAUUCCAUAACAUAUAAACACAUUCCCGUAUUACUCGAUGCUACGCGAUAAUUAGGGAACUAGCCGACGAUACCUUUCAUAAAAUAAUUAUAUUGUUUUACGGUCAUCGAAUAUACGUGAACAAACGUCAAUGAACUAGUAUUGAUUUACGUGUGGGACAUUUAAAUUAUCACUUACGUACGUAGGCCAUUUAGAGAAAUAAUCGACAGCUUUUUAUCAAUUAUUUAUUUAGACCACGUGCGUAUAAAGUGAUAAUUCAGAUAUUCUAGUACACAGAAAAAUAUCAUUUUCGUGCUGAGAAAAGCGUUUAUUUAAUAUUUAGUUUUUUUCUGAUAAUAGUUUUUGCAAAAAAUAUUUUUUUUAUAAU